GGACCAUCGCGGGGGGUGAAGGAAAUCGGUGCCCCACCGAAACCCACAACCAGCGACGCCCAUUGCUUGUGUCUGAGGCCAAAAAUUCAGCUCUGCGGCACCACGACAUCACGACCGACUCCAAAAGGCGAACCUCCCACGCCUCCACUCCCCUCGACCUACCUCGUGCCGACAUCCCUAUAGAUCCAUUCGUUUCUUUCCAUUCCAGUGGAACGAGAUUCAAUAUGAGGCCCGUUCUUCUAGCUGGUCAUGAGCGAGCGCUCACCCAGAUCAGGUACAACCUCGACGGCGACCUAAUCUUCUCGACGGCAAAGGAUCAGCACAUUUGUGCUUGGUACGCGCAUAAUGGCGAGCGUCUCGGGACCUACCACGGUCACGUCGGCGCCAUCUGGACCGUCGAUGUCGACCCCACUAGCACUAUGAUCGCUUCGGGCUCUGCCGACAACACCAUGCGCCUCUGGGACGUCAAGACGGGCAAGAACCUCAAGACGUGGGAGUUCCCUACCGCCGUCAAGCGUGUCGAGUUCAACGAGGAUGGCACGAAGCUAUUGGGCGUCACCGAGAAGCGCAUGGGCUACCUAAGCAACAUCGUUGUCGUCGACAUCAAUCCGGAUGUCAACGCCGAACAGAGCGACGAGAAGAUUCUUACCAUCGUCUGCGACGAGAGCAAAGCCACAGUCGCCGGCUGGAGCUACUUGUCCAAGUUCAUCAUCGCUGGCCACGAGGAUGGCUCCGUAUCACAAUACGACGCCAAGAACGGCGAUCUCCUCUACAAUGUCUCGGUGCACGAGCUCAACACCCCCGUGACCGACCUGCAGUGGUCUAACGACCGCACGUACUUCAUCACGGCCAGCAAAGACAAGACUGCCAAGCUCAUCACUGCCAAGGACCUUGAAGUUCUCAAGACUUACGUCUCCGACACACCGCUAAAUAGCGCUGCCAUUACUCCCAAGAAGGACUUCGUCAUUCUAGGCGGUGGCCAGGCCGCCAUGGACGUCACCACCACCUCCGCAAGACAGGGCAAAUUCGAGGCCCGCUUCUAUCACAAGAUUUUCGAGGACGAGAUUGGCCGUGUCCGCGGCCACUUUGGCCCUCUUAACACCGUAGCAGCAGAUCCCACUGGCAAAGGUUACGCAAGCGGAGGAGAGGACGGCUACGUCCGUGUCCACAUGUUCGACAAGGGCUACUUCGACUUCAUGUACGAGGUUGAGAGGGACAGACAGAACCGGCUGUAAAGCAGCACCUCAGUCUCUCCAGUCGUUCUCCUUGGGAGAUUCGUCUUCGCCGCCUUUCGGGAAGCUUGCAUGGUACGGCGUUUUGGGAUUACGAAUCGCGUUGGGGAAGGCCAGUUCGUUGGGAUGUGUUUUGUAAUUUAGGGUGGGCACGAAAAUGGAAGGGCUCUCAUCCGGGGUGAUGAUGUCGCCCCAUGAUAGACGAUAUUCAUAUCUUGUUGACGUCCGCCUUCGAGCCGUGGUUACCAAGACCAUGUGAAUGGAUCUGAAGUUCCAACUACUAUCUCAUCGGGUCGUGCAAGCUUGUAUCAGGACAGACCCAACAAACUGCGCAAUCAUGGAUAGAAAUAAUCGAACCAGGUGAUCAACGCAAUAUUCUACUCUAGC